ACAUUUUGUAUAUCCGUUCUGUUAAGAUAUUCAAGUCAACAGCUUGUGGUUGUAAUAGCUGAUAUUCUCCAAAUGUUUGAAACGAAUACCUCGUUUGGGAUUCCUGUUGCCCCAUUUAUGACAGUGAUUCUUGCUCUUGUUGCAAGUCCGUUUUCCAUCCUAACGCAAAGCCUACCAAUUGUUUAUAAUUUCCAGCCAUGGAAACUAUCAUGUCUGAAUUUUUUGGAGAUUCAAUCACUGCGUUUUAUGUUAUUCUCAUUAUAAGCGUUUGUGAUCACUAUGAAGCUGUAUUUUGUCGUACUGAAUUAAGCAAAAGAUAUUGGCCAAGGUACUUCUACUUGUAUCAUUUUGGAUUUUAUGCCUACCAUUAUCGUUUCAAUGGGCAAUUCAGCGGUGUUGCUCUUUGGGUUUCCUGGCUGUUUAUUUUGCAUUCAAUGAUUUAUUUCUUCCAUCAUUACGAAUUACCUAACCUGCUUAGUGAUUGGGAAUUCCGUGAAUUCGUUUCUAAUAAUCAACUUGUAGGUCAAAUUCAGCUACAAGUUUCCACACCAUCAUUAUCUGUCCGGAAUAGUCAGGAUGCUUCCAGCUUAAACCAUUCUAUCAACUCUCAUGAACGAACAGAGUCGUUAGGUGACUUAAGAACUACUGUUGGGGAUUCAGACAAUCUCGAGUCAAAUGAAUUGUCUAACAAUAUUUUCACUGUUACAAGUUCAGUACCUACUUUUAGUGGGAUUUCCGGUGAAAUCGAAGCUAAUCGAAGUGAUUUACUUUCUAAUAAUACUGCAUUAGCUGAUUCUCCCACAACUUCUGCUAAUUUAAAUCACCUAGAAUAAUAAUUUAUGAUCUAUUGACAUUUGUACUUUUGUUAUUUUAUGUUUAUUUAAUGUAAUAUCCCAUCUCUAUGAUUUUUCACAUUUACGCUAGAAAAUUGAGGUUUCUCACUACUUGGAAUUUCAAACGGGUUGAGAAAUAAAGUCAUCUAUUCUGGGCUUAGGUUCCUUUCAUUUAUUGAUUAUUAGAAUGUUCCGGUUUUUAUCGUCUAUUUAGGCUGUGGAGAUGCUAGGUGAUCAGACUGAAUAAAUUUGAAUUUUUUAAAUUAAUUCCACAGAAUAUAUAUACUUGGUAUUGUUUGUUUGUAUAUUCCCAUUGUGUAGGACUGCAAUUGAUCAGUCUCCUGUUGGCAUGUGUGCAUCCUGUGUGGACUGCCUCGAUAUUGAGAAAAUAAUGUACAAUGAAAAUUUUGGUUCCUCGUAAACCUCAUCGUUCUUUUUAUCGUCUUUUCCAGCUGUCCUGGAAAAGGAAAAAAGAAUAUGUUAGUGCAUGUCCAGAUAAACUCGUACGCGCAUUAAGACACAAAAUGGGCGAAAUAACGAAAAUAGCGUAAAAGCGAUUUUUACAUAAUGUUUUUUGUUAUUUUUUAAAAUACAUUUUUAAUAUACAUAUUGGCAAAAUAAUAAAUAUAUAUGAAUAUAAGCAUAUAA